UGCCACACUCAGUUGUUGCCGACCCUCGCGACUCAGCAGCGGCCGUACAGCUGGCUCUCGCUGCAGCUCGUCUCACCGCACGAAGCGCGCGGUCCCUUCUACUUGGCGGUACUAAACUAAACAAACAAUUACGGUGUUGCUGUCACCACAAAAAAAGAAAGAUUACUUAAUUGUCUGGCAUGCCAAUUAUUGUGCAUGAGUUCUGAAUUGUUAAAGGACGAAACCUGAGGAUAGCAGUGAUUGUGUGGGGCGGGGCCCUGGCCACCUGAGAGGAAGGCGGAGUGGAGUCCUGCCUCCUUCCUUCUUAGUGACAUCAAAGGAAACAUGCGGAUCAUGAAUGAGUACACUGACAUAGGGACCACUCGCAAAAAGUGAACAAUUACCCCAAAUAACUGAAUGAUCGAUGAAAUAUGUCCUUAAAUUCAUACGUAAAUCUAUUAACAAGUAUAAUAACAUAAUAACCAUACACUUAAAAUGAAGUAAAAGAAACAUGUGGUGAACAGGUGGCAAAAACACAAAAGAUAAAAAAAAAAACUAACUCCAAACCACAAACAAUCAAGGCCGCGUGAAAUAUCGCCAUGAGCCGAUAGAUGUGUUGCGCUCAGACACUGCGGAAACACUAGUUACGUUACUUGAGUCUGCGGGUGUCGAUGGUCUACAGGUGUUAUGCAAGGCGCCUCACACCCGGCUCUUCAGAACACACUCCCCGCGUGAGGCAAGUAUACGACGCUCAAUAAAUCAGGACACGAGUGACACGCACAGCUGGGUGUUGCGGGAAAAAAUAUCAGUGGUGAUACUCUUGGGGUUGCAUGGAUUAGAAGGUAACACCUUACAAAUUAAACAAUGGAAUUUGUCCUUGAAAAGUAAUACAAAUCAUUUAUCGACAUUUAUAAGUGUUUUCUUCUGUGGUGUGGGACUCUGCACUAGACAAAUUUCAAGAUGAAACUAAAAAAGCGAAUCUUGUUGGCCAUAGCGACGAGUACUGUGCUUGUGACGGUGGUGCUGGUGCUUGACGUGCAAACUCGCCUUAAUUACCCGGGAAACUUACACGUCCCGGCUAAAGCACCCGUGAAAUACUCCUUCCGCCAGCGUCACUUACAGAAGAUGAGUAAUGGAUCACGAGAUGCAUCCCUUGCCGUCUCUGCCUCCGGUCAGCUGAGCGCCGCGAGUGACGACCCCACCCACACGUCCCCACCAGGCGGUGGGACAAUGCUCGGUGAGGAUCCAACCAGUGGCAGGAAGGAGCUCCGAGCCACAGGUACCGAGCCACCAGACCCUUACCACGACCUGCAGGAAAUUGUGGCCAAAGUGGAGAAGCUUAGCAAGAGAAGUGGUCGAACUCGGAACCACUGGAACCCCACCGUCGGGGAGCUGCUGGGGAGGGACUCGAGAGAAAACGCAACACUCUGGGACGACUUCCAUCUCAGCAUGUCUCAGGACGAGUUGUACGGCGCUCGGGACCCCACCGUGAACAGACUCCUCAAGUAUAUGACAACCCUGCCCAUCUCACACAUCAGUCAAAAGGAGGGCGGCACACAGAUCAAGCUGACGAUAGAGUUCAUUGACGGAGGGCGAGCUCUCUUCAAGCCCAUGAGGUACCCUCGAGAGCAGCAGACCCUCAAGAACCAAUUCUACUUCACUGACUUCGAGCGACACAACGCUGAGAUUGCAGCCUUCCAUCUCGACAGGCUGCUAGGGUUCCGGCGUACCGUACCCACUGUGGGCCGCACCGUCAAUAUUACACGAGAGCUGUACAUGGUGGCCCAAGGUGACCUGCUUUCGACCUUCUUUUUCUCUCCGGAGAAGAACCACUGCUUCCACGGCAAAUGCAGCUAUUACUGCGACACCUCCCACGCCAUCUGUGGCAGUCCCGACAUGCUCGAAGGUUCAUUUGCGGUGUUCCUGCCGGGAGAAAACGAGGUGCCGCGCGUCAGUUGGCGUCACCCGUGGAGGCGCAGCUACAGCAGGCGACGCAAGGCCCAGUGGGAGGAAGACGACGAUUACUGCAAAACCGUGAAGAUCAGACACCCGUACAGCGAGGGUCGCCGCCUCCUGGACAUUGUGGACAUGUCCGUGUUCGACUUUCUGAUAGGCAACAUGGACCGACACCAUUAUGAAACCAUCAAGAUGUUCGGCAAUAACUCGGCGCCGUUGCACAUGGACCACGGGCGGGGAUUCGGCAAGGCCUUCCACGAUGAGGCGUCCAUCUUGGCGCCGCUGUACCAGUGCUGCGUCAUGCGGCACUCCACCCUGGCCACCCUCCUCAGGUUCUACACGGGCCCGGAGCGCCUCAGUUCAGCCAUGCUGGCCUCCCUCGCCUCGGACCCCCUCCAGCCAGUGCUGUGGCCGCCCCACCUCAGCGCUCUAGACCGUCGCCUUAACUUCGUCCUCCAGGUGACGCGGAAGUGCCUCGAGGGUGUCGAGGAUCCAAGCCGCGUCAUCAUACGUGACAAUCACUGAGCUUCGUGGAACAACCACCAACAUGUAGCGGGAGAUUACCGAAACGGAGAGUCUUUUGGCUGCGCCUGCUUACGCUUAUCUUUCUCGAAAUGUAAUAUAAUUAUGUGCGACUCGAAAAUGUGAAGCAAAAAAAUAACAUCCCGUUUAACCUUCAAGAGUGUAACAGGUGUAGAUAUUAAUCGCAGUAAAAGGAACGUAAAUUAAUCACUUAGUUCGCAAGACCACUGAUAUGAAGAAUAUGCUGACAACGGCAGAUGAAUCUCUCUAUCAGUUAGUCAGAAAAAAAAGUAAAGAUAACUGAUAAUGUGAGCCCCAGAGAAUAGUUAAAAGGUUGAGAUAUUAUAAUAUAUAUAAGGAAAAGAAAAGUUAUCUUCACACAACACACAAUGUAGAACUUAAAGUUUCUCCUGAUGCAGAAGUGCCAUAGUGAAUGCCAAGAUUUAUUCUUUAUCAAGUGGUUUGCUUCACCACUUGUACAUGGCAAAUGUAUCGGUUAUCCAUUAAUUAUUUGCAUCCUUUUUGUUACAGCAAUGCUCAAAAAGUUAUUCAAUUAGCAGAAAUAACAUAUCCAAAACCUAACCUGUGAACCACCAACACCACGCCACAAGCAAAUGUAAUGACCAAGGCGGCCUCGAGGGACUGAAAUUCCAGGGUUUUCCAGACGACUUUAUUAAUUAAAAUCAUAUUAUGUAACGCAUGAUAUAAUCUAAAACACUUUGCUUUAUUAAUCUUGCCAAUAACUGCCGUGCAGAAAUCAUCAGAAGUGGCAAUGUUCAUAUUUCGCACGGCUGGUCAUUAUAUGCUAUUGCUGCCAACUGAAAGACAAUGCUUGACGUUGUUAUGAAGCAUUCCAUCACCAGGGACGCAUGGACGCAGAGGGAAAAGGAGCCGCGGCAGUAAUGAACAACAUGAGUGUAAUGAACAACAUGUGUGGCGCACAAAUAGGCGACUCUCCGGAUGAAAUGCAACAUUUGUAUUCAUACUUUUGAUCCAGUACCGUUGUGGGCCUAAAACACAG